AUGGAAACUAGCUACAACACGGCACCGAUCGGUGCUGGCACCAGCGAGUUCGAUAUCAACAUGUUCGACCAGUAUGUGUACAAGACGUUUCAUACACCUUCGUUCGGCGAUGACGAGUUCGAUAUACAGUCGAUGAACAGUCACCUGCAGCAGUCGCAACAGCAGCAACCCCAGCAACAACAGCAGCAUCAUCCGCAACCGCACCAACAACAGCAACAGUAUCAGAUGCAUAGCAGUUCGCAACAACAGUCCGGCCAUAUGGUGGGAAUGAUGCAAGAUCAGCAGCAGUCAGGCUACGGCCAAUGGCACCAGGAUAUGAACCAUCACAGCCCGUACACGCUACAGUCACCGAACCAGCCAACCUACCAUCAGCUGAACGCUAGUCCGAACAACAAUCCCACGCUGCACGUGAUGCAGCCGCCCCAGCAGUCCCCCUCGAUGGUACCACCCGCGCAGCAGCAGCAACAGCUAUCACCCCAGCAGCAGCAGCAGCUCGUUGGCGGAAAUGCGCUCAGCUUCAUUGGGCGCUCGCCACCCCAGAACGGUGUUGGGCAGGGGACGGAAAACGGCACCACCAGCGACGACAGCGACGACACGAUUCCGGUAAGAGCGGAUGGAAGGUGGCAGGCAAACUCCCUGAAGCGUCCCUCGUCCGAACCGUCGUACGGUGAGGAUGCGCUGGCCGGUGCGGCCGGGAUAAAGGCAUCGGCGGCAGCAGCCGCCGCCGCCGCCGCAGCCGCCGCCAAGAAGCCCAAGGUCACGAAGAAGAAGAAAAAAAGGGAUCCGAACGAGCCACAGAAACCCGUCUCUGCCUAUGCACUGUUUUUCCGCGACACGCAGGCAGCUAUAAAAGGCCAAAAUCCGAACGCCUCGUUCGGGGAAGUUUCCAAAAUCGUUGCCUCCAUGUGGGACGUGCUAGCGACGGAGCAUAAAAAUGUGUAUAAGAAGAAAACGGAAGCUGCUAAGAAGGACUACUUGAAAGCACUCGCCGCGUAUCGAGCGAGUUUAGUGUCAAAGGGUACUGAAGGGGAACAGCAACAAUCACCACAACAAUCAAUCUAUUCCCCACCGCCACAAGCAACGCUGCAACAGAAUCAGCAACCGCAGCAGCAUCACCAUCAGCAGCCGCAGCCGCCACCCCAGCAACAGCAUCAACUACAGCCGCAACAGCACACGCAGCAGCAUCCCCAUCAGCAGCAUCCGCAUCAGCAGCAGCAGCAGCAACAGAACAAUCAUCUGGUGAACCACUCGAAGCACUCGCCUCAAAAUGGACCCGCCGUUGCGCAAGCUCCCGGUCACCUUCAGCACAUGCAGGGACUGCAACAGGCGCAACAGCAGCAACAACAACAGCAACAGCAGCAGCAGCAACAACACUCAAACUAUGCACCGUCGUACGCAUCGUCGUAUAAGCCAUCCCAGCAGGCUAUGAUGCAAAUGUCGCAUACGCAUCAGAAUCUACAUCCCGGACAGCAGCAGCAGCAGCAACACCAAAACACCGCAUCGCACAUUCACGGACCCAUGAUACAGAUGAAUUCGCAACAGCAACAACAGCAGCAGCAGCAGCAGAUGCUAUCGCAUCAACAGCAGCAACAGCCGCACAUGAGCAUGGCCCAACAGCAGCAUCCAUCGAUGAUGAACCUGCCGAUGGCCGGCCAGCAACACUACAUGAACCAGCAGAUGCCACACCAGCAGUUACAGCAGAUGCAGCAGCAUCAGCAACAGCAACAGUUCCAGCAGCAACAACUGCUACAGGAGCAACAGUUUAAGCAGCAGAUAAAGCAGGAACAUCAGCUACAGCAGCACAUCAAGCAGGAUCAUCCGUCGCAUCAAGAGCAACAGCUGCACCAUCAGCAACAACAGCAACAGAUGCAUCAGCCGCAUCACGAGCAGCAAAUGCACCAUCAGCAGCAGCAGGAGUCGUUGAUGCACCAGCAACAGAUACAACACAUGCAGAUGCAGGGCGGUACCAUGUCCACACAGACCUCGGUUGUGGACGAUCUCAUGGGGACACAGCAGCAGCAGCAUCAUGAACAGCUACAGUCGACAUUACCAGUGGUGGCGCAGCGGUCCUGUUCGUCCAAACAAGAGCCAUUGAAACAGGAGACUACCGAACAGCGGUGCAUUAGACAGGGUUGCAACAAUCUGGCGAUCGAAAACCCGGACUGGGAGGAUGAGUACUGCAGUCAGGAGUGUGUCGUGGCCCACUGUCGUGCUGUUUUUGCAACCUUUCAAAAGGAUUGCCUUCAAGGAAAUGGCCCUUCGCAACAGCAGCAGCAGCAGUCACUGCCGACCGUCAAGUAG